AUGACUAAUGUCAGAAAUUUAGUAAAAGUUAUUGGAUUCAGAUACCAGAGUAACAUUUCUAAAAUGGAUUCAACAAGUAUUCAUUCAAGCAAGGACGCUGAAAUUCAUGAUGUACCUAUGAGUGUUUUAUUACGACCGUUUCCUCCAGAAGUAAAUGAAGAGAAAGUCAAAAGUUUAAUGGAGACGUUGAAUGAUCCAGAAACUGAGUCCUUGGUACCUCCUAUUGACGUUUUAUGGAUUACUGGCUCCGAAGGAGGUGAUUAUUACUACUCAUUUGGUGGAUGUCACCGAUAUACUGCUCACAAGCGCCUGAAUAAGCCAACGAUUAAAGCCAAGCUUGUUAAGUCCACAAUAACCGAUUUAAAAAUUUAUCUUGGUAACUCAACUCCGGAUUUAAAAUAA